UUCAAGCCAUCUUCACUGAAUAUUUAGCCUUUACCAAGGUACAUUAAUUUGAUAUCUUCUGGAUUUAGCCAUCCCCAAGUUGUUCACCGGCCUCAUUUCAAAGCUUUUGACACACCAAAACCGGGUGGAGAUGGUUCUGUUGCGGUGAGGUGAAGCCCCGAAGAUGUCGCUGCUGGAACCACCGAGCUGAGCUAACAGGCUAAGGCGGUGGAGCCGUCACUAGUGACAUUAACCGCUGCAGCUCCCCGCACUGCAACAGGACGACCGCUGCACAGGAACUUGUUUAAAGUCCCAUGCAGAAGGUGAGGAGGUGGGAAUGCGAGAAGGCUGUUAAAGGAUUCAACAUGGGAAGGGGUCGAGGAAGAGGAAGAGGCAGGGGGCGGGGCAGGGGAUCAUCUGGUCAGCUGCGGCCGCCCUCACCGUAUAGAUUGCACCUUUCUCCAUCCAGGGAGACUUUGACAUACGCUCAGGCCCAGAAAAUUGUGGAAGUUGACCUAGAUGGAAGGCUCCACCGAAUUAACAUCACAGAUCCUCUGCCAGUCAUCACAGAGGAUGAGAUGAUGGCUCAGGACAUUGCUGAGUGCAACAGCAACAAGGAGAACAGCGAGCAAACGCAGAGUAAAAGCAAAUCAUGGAGAAAACCUCCAAACAGUAAAAGCAGGAAGAGCAGUAAGAAUACAUCUCACCAGAACCAGCGGUCUGGCUUGCAUCAGCACACAGGAUCUAAUUAUUCCUCCCAGCACCCAUCCAACCAAAGCCCUCUUCCUGAGCCCACUUUCCAUGUGCUGAGUUCAGUUUCCCCUCCAGAGGCGCCUCCUCUCCCACCAGCUUACUAUCGUUUCAUAGAAAAGUCUGUGGAGGAGCAGGACAACGUGGCUGAGUACGACAUGGACGAGGAGGACCUGGCCUGGUUGGAGAUGGUAAACCAAAAGAGAGUGUCUGAUGGCCAUGCCUCCGUCUCCCCCGACACCUUUGAACUUCUGAUCGACCGCCUGGAAAGGGAGUCCAUCUUGGAGUCCCGCAGCCAGGCUCUGUCCCAGAGCGCUGUUGACGAGGAUGCCUUCUGUUGCGUUUGCUUGGAUGAUGAAUGUCUUAACAGUAAUGUCAUCCUGUUCUGUGACAUCUGCAACUUGGCCGUCCACCAGGAGUGCUACGGUGUUCCCUACGUACCUGAAGGCCAGUGGCUGUGCCGCUGCUGCCUGCAGUCCCCCUCCCGCCCCGUUGACUGUGUGCUCUGUCCCAACCGAGGUGGUGCCUUUAAACAGACAAGUGAUGGACGUUGGGCCCAUGUUGUCUGUGCCAUAUGGAUCCCAGAAGUGUGCUUCGCUAACACGGUCUUCUUGGAGCCUGUUGAAGGGGUUAAGAACAUCCCUCCUGCUCGGUGGAAGCUUACUUGUUACCUGUGUAAGCAGAAGGGCAGGGGUGCUUCCAUUCAGUGCCACAAAGCAAACUGUUACAGAGCUUUUCAUGUCACCUGUGCCCAGAAGGCUGGAUUGUUUAUGAAGAUUGACCCUGUAAGAGAGACGGGUGUUAAUGGCACCACCUUCUCUGUGAAGAAGACCGCUUUCUGUGAGCAUCACUCACCUGUUGGUUCUCGGCGAGAUGGGUCUGGAGAUGAAUCGGUGGAAGGCAGACUGGUGGGGGGGAGGGGGAAUCGGGGUCAGCGAUCAUACACUCAAAGCCCCCCCUCAUCGCCAAACAAGAAAGCAGCCAAAGGCCAGAAAAAGAAGAAUACAAAAGGCUCUGGAUCACGCCGAUCAAAUAUUCCCGUCCUGCUUGUGCCUCAGAUCCCCUCUCACAGGUUAAACACGAUCUGCACGGGAGUUGAAGUCCAGAGGAAGAAUCAGUUCAUGCAGAGGCUUCAUAAUUACUGGUUACUGAAACGACAGUCAAGAAAUGGCAUGCCUUUAAUACGCCGACUUCAUUCCCAUAUGCAGACUCAUAAGACUGCAGAGCAGCAGGAGCCAGAUGAAAAGCUAAGUGCUGCAAGAGAAGAACUUCGAUACUGGCAAAAGUUGAGGCAAGACCUUGAAAGAGCCCGGCUUUUGGUGGAACUCAUCCGCAAAAGAGAGAGGCUGAAGAGAGAAGAGAUGAAAAUCCAGCAGGCUGCCCUUGAGUUAAAGUUGACUCCUGCAUUGGUGCUUCUCCGAUUCACUUUGGACCAACUGCAAGAGAAGGACACGGCCAAAAUAUUCUCUCAGCCUGUCAAUCUAUCAGAGGUCCCAGAUUACCUGGAGUUCAUAUCCCAACCCAUGGACUUCUCCACCAUGCGCACUAAAUUGGAGGGACACGCUUACUGCUCUGUUGCAGACCUAGAGAAGGACUUCAACCUCAUGAUCUCUAACUGCCUCAAGUAUAACUCCAAGGAUACAAUGUUCCACAAAGCAGCCUUACAACUGCGGGAGGUGGGGGGAGCCGUUCUCCGACAUGCCCACAGACAGUAUCAGAGCAUUGGCCUGGAUCCCAGCUCUGGCAUGCAUCUGCCAGAGGGUCCAAACAAACACGGCUUCUACCACUGCACAUGGGAUGAUGUCGACUCUCUCUUGGAUCCGGAGAACAGACUGCACCUAACCACAGAUGAGCAGAUCAAGGCCUUACUGGAUAAACUGGACAUGGUCUCAUCCAUGCGCACCAGUGGCGGGCGCACCAAACGCAUUAGGCUGAUCCGCAGAGAAAUCAACACUCUGAGACAGAAAAUGAAUCAGCAGCAGCAAACUUCUCAGUCUGUGAAUGGGAAUGAGGAGAAGGAUGAAGGAAAUGAAGAGGAGGGCGAGAAGCUGGAGGAGGAAGAAGAAGAAGAAGAAGAAAAGGAGGAGAUAAAAAAGAAAAAGGCAAAAGUUGAUAGUGGGCCUUUGACUGCAUCAUCAAACUCUGGGACAGAUGACUCUCCACCGGUGCUAGAGCUUACCUGCCCAGUAUCAUCACCCCUGCCAGGUGAUGCUCCUCUCGAGCCCCCCGUCUUGGGGAUAGUAACUGGGGGGCGACGGUCUCCUGGGCGUUCCUACAAGCGUCAGAGGUCAUCCCGCAGCGGAAGCAAAAGCCAAGGUGAAGAUGAGGCAGAAGUAGGAGAGACCCCAUCUUCACAAUCAGAAGCUGUGCAUGAAGUUACACCACUGGGAAAACCCCCAACUCUGCCUCUGGUCGGAGUUGGUCGUCGCACUUCUGUCUUGUUUAAGAAAGCUAAAAACGGGGCACGGAUGACAAAAAGUAAGACCCCACCACAGCUUAAUGGGAAAAGCUCUGAGGGGAAAACCAAUGGGUUGGAUAGCACUACCACUAGCCCAAGUUCACCGGGUGUGAACAACAUCACCACCUUACCUACUUCUCCAAACACCUGUCCUUCCUCACACCACCUGAGGUCCAGAGGCCCCAGCUCGGAAAGUGCCACUGACAAACCUCCUCUCUUACCCACAGAACAAGGCCUGACAAAUGGAAAACACUCUUCUGCAGACCAGGAAGAUGAUGACGAGGAUGAUGAGGAUGAUGAGGAGGAGGAGGAGGAGGAUGAGGAUGAGGAGGAUGAUGACUCAAAUCUAACUGUCUCUCCACCCAAACGUAGUAGAGGUAAACCAGCUUUGGCUCAAGUGCCUAGCAAUGAGAACGGAGACAUCUCUGGGUCAGGAAAGUCUACACUUCUGUCUUUAGAUAGUGAGACCAAACUUUCACCACUUGACCUAGUAUGGGCCAAAUGUAGAGGAUAUCCUUCCUACCCGGCAAUGAUUGUUGAUCCAAACAUGCCUCAGGAAGGACUCCUCCACAACGGCAUCCCUAUCCCAGUGCCUCCCGUGGAGGUGCUCAAACUGGGUGAAUGGAGGAAAACAGAAGAAGGGGAAAAGCUCUUCUUGGUGCUCUUCUUUGACACCAAAAGAACCUGGCAAUGGCUUCCUCGCAACAAACUUUUGCCAUUAGGUUUGGAUGACACUGUAGACAAACUGCGCCUAAUGGAAGGAAAGAAACCCAGCGUUCGCAAGUCUGUACACACUGCAUAUGACCGGGCCAUGAUGCAUUUAAACCAUGUGAGAGGAAAUCUUAACUUCACCCCCUCCAACUUUAUUUAAAUUGUAUUUGAAAGAUUUUAUCUGAAACAAGCUGUCUGGUUAUAUGUAUAGAAGCCUCUUCAACACAAUUACAAUUCUGGGGAAGUGGAGAAACAUUACCAAGUUAAUAGUUCCCACAUGUUUUCUGCAUAAAGUUUUUAUGCUGAAUUUUUAAAGUUGAGUUGGGGAAAAAAGCGUAUCAACUUUUUCAUAUCUUACUUUCUUCAUUCAUUGGUGUAUUUUUUUAAAGGGUUUUACACAACCACUGUAUUCUUAUGAAGUUUUAUUGUAGGCCAAAGUGAGAGUUGAGAUAUUUUGAUUGUAUUUUCCACUGAAAUGGUGUUUAUGAAGUGUGAAAGUCCCACUUUAACACUCGCAUCAUAUCUGGACUAAAGUAUAGAAGGUCUGAAAUUUAAAGUUUUUCCAACUGAAAAAUGUUCUUAUAAAAGUCCACGUGCUCUGCAUUUAUUAAAUUAUCUGUAAUUCUAUUUAUUAUUUAAAGAAAAUGCCAAAAAUAACCUAACUGUUCCCUCAGGUCCCCUAUAUUUAUAAGCCACUUGAAACCCAGUAGAUAAGCUUCUGUCCUCUUUCAUCCAUUGAUACUUGGAUUAUAAAAUAAAACCUCCUCCUGAAGUUUUUUUUGGACACAGUUUAAAGCAUGCUCAUUGUGAGGAGGCUUUAGUUGUGUUCUUAAAAUUAAAAUAAUACAUUUUGUCCACAUUGCUCCCAGUUUUUGUUUUGUUUUUUGUGUCCAGCUAUGAUGUGCAGUUGGUGAGCCUUCAGAGGGUUUUGCCAUUUUUAUUUUACCAUUUGGUAAAACUGUAAUAUGGAAGCAGCACGUUGAAGUAGCCGGUGUAGCUACAUAGUCAUUUAAAAUAUGAAGCCACUGCAGAUUUAAGUCUUCUGCAAUUUACUAAAAUCACUGAAAAACUUGCCUUUGUUUGCAAAUCUGGCUUAAAGAUUUGAGAAGCACAAACAGUCCAGUAACAUAAAAUAAAUUAAAUAAAAUAGAAUUUAAAGCUUGUAGGAUAGAUGAAGCUGGAGCUCAGUGUGGUAAAACUUGGUGUGUUUGUGUACAGCCAAUACAGAUAUGUAUACAACCUCAGUGUAGUAAAAGUGCAUGUGUAUAGUUUUGUAAAUAUGUAAAUGUAUGUUUAUAUUCACUUACAUGAAGUAAUUUAAGGAAUGCAAAAAUCAAAUAUAGAUUUUAAUUUAUAAUUUGUGGCAGUCAAGAGUGUUAUUUAAAAAGUAAAAUAUUGAAAAGGUUUAUGUAUGAUGCAAAGUACUCUUUGUUAUAGUGAUGGCAUUCACCGACAUGUUGAUGGAACAUUUCCUGUAGAAGUGAGGCACAAGACCGUUACUCUGUAGGCAGCCGUGUCUGCACUCGCCUACGAGUUUCUGUUGGCUUUUAUUUUGCCUUUUAUUUGGUCCGUUUUUCUUGGUGGCACAGGAGAUUUUUGAUCUUGUCAUUUAAAUUGUUCUGCAAGAUCUACAGUCUGCCUGAGACAAUAUUUUCUCACACAAGAAUAAAAUGCUGUUUGAAACAA